CUCUGUCCCAUAUAGAAUGGAUUUAUGAACCUUUUUCUUUUUUUUUUUAAAUACACACACAAAUGUCACAAUUAUCACAAUAUCUAUUGGAAUCCGAUAUUAACUUUUAUCGUGAUUAUGCAAUUACACUUAUUAAACACAAUCCGGCCUCUUUUGAUUUAGACGAGUUUGAGUCGAUUCUCUAUGAGAACGAGUCCGUACCGAAAGACCGUACGAUCCAGCAAGCGUUUCAUGAUUUUGAAAACGAUAAAAAGUCACAGUAUGAAUUAAAUCCAAGGUUUGGUCGAUAUGUUUGGGACAUCAGUGACCAAUGGUAUCAGAAAUGGAAUGUGGUAUUCUCAGUUGAGCAUAUGUGGAACUGGUUGGAGCACGGGGUCACACGUUCGUCGGCGCAACAAUUAAUCACGACCGAUCAUGUAUUUGACACCACCCAUAUUCAACCUUGGCUCAAUCGCAUCAUUGUCAGGUAUAACGUGCAUCCAGAUCAUCAAAACUUGUUACAAGAUAUCUGCAGAUACAUUGGUGAUUGGCACCAAACAAAUCGUACAUUGACCCUCAAGGGUACCUUUCGAUUAAACACCAUACCUUUAUUUCCGCCCAAUUGGUUUAAAAAUAAGUCGAGACAAAACAGUAAUAAUUUCGAAGGUCUAGCUCCUUCUUAUCUCGUCAAUUUUGUACCCCCAUAUGCUCUUCAUGACUCCCAAAUACCAGAGAGAUGGAACCAAGUCUUUCUUAAAGGCAUCACCGUCGAUCCCGAUCACAAGUUCAACUUGGAUCCCAUCUUGAUCGCCUCCGCUAUCCCAAUCCUCGGUUUAACAGUUCAUUACGACGAAGCAUCAGGCUACAGUAAAUUAAUGCUGGUGAUGACCAAGGCAAAAUUUGGUAAUUUAGAAGACCAUAUCGAAAAGGACACGCCCAUCGACUACUACAAACCAUGUCAAUUAGCCCUGAGUCUCACUAAAGAUAUCAAGGAUUUGCAUUGGAAUUAUAUUCAUGGUAAUAUUCACCCACGAAAUAUCUUGUUAAACAAUGCAGAUUAUGUUGGUGAAUUAGUGGAUAUCACCUUUAUGCAUCGAAACAAUGAUCAACAACCCAACACAGAUAUGAAGUGGGCGGGCCGAUGGCCUUAUGUUGCGCCCGAAGUUGUUUCCACGGGUCUAAGUACCUCAGCUGAUAUGUAUGCACUGGGUAUUGUUCUAUGGCAAUUGAUCUCGAGGGUGACAUUUCCUAGUGAUGCACUUGUUGAUCCGUGUGUGUAUCGUAUUGAACCUAUACCGGGCGUAUUGAAAGAAUGGGAAGAUAUCUAUGUGGAUUGCCUUCAUUCGGAUCCGACAAAACGACCGAACGCGUACACGAUCCAUCGACGACUGACGCAUCUGUGUCAUACGUUGCGUACAAAGCGAGUCCCAUUAGGGCAGAGGACACUGGGUUACAUCAAGGAAAGAAGAAACGAAGUGGAUCAAUUCUUGUUCAAUUAUAGAAAAUCCACACCGCAAUUACUACAAUCGGACGAUGAUGAUGCUGCUUCCACUUGUUCUACUACUUCCUCCAAUACCAUGACAACGUUAUGUCAGGUAGGAAAUCAUGUCUUGACCGCUUCCGUCACUCGUCCAUCCCAUCAACGUCUAAAAAGUUAUCCCAAUUUACUCCAAAGUUUUCCUCCUUGUCUGUAACAAAAAAAAAAAAAAAAAUACAAACUAGGCAAACCCCUUUCCUUCUUUUUUUCUUUUUUUUUUUUGCAUUCUCUCUCAAUCCCCCCAUUUAAAUGUAGUAUAAUAAUUAGUAAUAUAUCCCAUUAGCGUUGUUUUUAUAUAUAUAUAUAAAAAAAAAAAAACUGUAUCAGG